CUAGCCUUGUCCAUAGCCGCCUCCUGUCCGACCGCAAUGGGCUCCACCUCAAUGUUCUUCCUUUGCCUUGCUAUGGUGCACGUUGCGGCAGGGACCGUUCAUGAGCACUCGCAGUGCAUCGACAACCCGCCGGACCUGUCACUGCGCGGCGUCGAGGCUGGCAAGGUUAUGGACGGCCUCCCACGGGGGUUUAGGGCCUACGUCACCGGGCCCUCCCACUCCAAACAAGCCAUCGUCCUCGCCUCCGAUGUCUACGGAUUUGAGUCACCCAUACUGAGAAAAAUAGCCGACGAAGUUGCUAUGACAGGACACUACUAUGUCGUGGUGCCUGAUUUCUUCCACGGUGAUCCUUACAACGACAGUAGAAUCCUUUCAGAAUGGCUCAAGUCUCACUCCCCGGUCGAAGCUGCCCAAGAUGCCAAGGCACUCUUUGCUGCUUUAAAGAAGGAUAGAAAAUCCAUCGGGGUUGGUGGUUAUUGCUGGGGUGGAAAAGUUGCUGCAGAGAUCGCAAAAACUGAAGAUGUAGAAGUCGUUGUCCUUUCUCAUCCAUCAUUACUGACUAAUGAUGAUAUCAAAGAGGUGAAAUGGCCAAUUGAGAUCCUUGGAGCUCAGAAUGACACCAUCACACCACCAGAGCAGGUGCUUCAGUUCAAGCAAAUCUUGAAAGAAAGAAUGGAGAUUCCCUACUUUGUCAAGAUCUUCCCAAAAGUUGCCCAUGGAUUUGCUUGCAGAUAUAAUACUACUGACCCAUUCGCUGUCAAAAGCGCUGAAAAAGCUCUUGCUUACAUGCUCGACUGGUUCCACAAAUACUUGAAGUGAAGACACGUCUUGUCCAGGGGCGAACUCAGACAAAAAUAUCGCCAGGGUCGAUUUACUCAAACACUGGUGUCGUUAACUACUUACCAGGUGUCAUUAACUACUUAUUACAAGGAUUAACAUCAGGUCAUCGGGGUCAGCUGACCCGGGUUGUAUACCCGCUCCAUCCCUGGUCUUGUCUGUACACGAUUUCUUUCGAAUGAAUAAAUAACAAUAAUAUUUUCGGCCA